AUGCAUGCUCGAUCAGUUCUUUCACUAGGCCUCACGGCCUUGCUUUCUAUCUCGUCCGUCUCAGCCAAAGUCUUGGCUUCCUACGAUGCAUCAACCGGCGAAUCUGUCAAGGAUGCGCUCAAGAUGCAGAAUCUCGGCGGCUACAACGACCAACCCUGGCCCAAGGGUCAGGGACAGAAUGCGUCUGCAUUCUUCACCACUGACAAGGAUCCCCAGGGCCGUCCCGCGGCACACGUCCACAAGGAUCCGCACUUUGCCAGAUCCGAGUACCACGUCCUCAACCGCCAGAUCGAGCAGGACAAGACCUACUAUAUCGGCUACAAGGUUCAAUGGCAGAAUGUCGACUACCAGACCAUUGUGUUCCAGUGGAAGUCGUACGAGAUGGACCAAGCCCCAGACUAUCAUGACACUAUUCCCAUUGGGAUGGUGUUUCGCAAGGAUGCGGAUGGUAACGGCAAUCACACCAUCACGGUUGGCUGUCAGCCUGACCCUCGCAGUGGCGGCGGCAAGAUCGUUUGGAGGAAGAAGCUCGAUAUGGGCAACAUUUACACCUUUGGUCUUGUGAUCAACACCACUCCGGACAUGGAGAAAGGGUUUCUGCAACUGUAUUUCAAUGGUCAACGGGUGACUAUGGUCGAUCCUGAGACCAACAAGCACACCCAGACCAUGAAGGGCAACUUCUUUCCUGUUCCGGGCAUUGCUAACCCCAAGAUUGGGCUCUAUGGCGGCAAAAACUUUCUGGCAGAUGACUCCUACGUAUACAAUUUCGUCGUCGGGACUGAGCUGAAGGAUAUUGCGGGUGUUGUCGGGAUCAAGCAAUAA